AGUGAAAAUCCAAAACAGAGUCUGGUAGAGGAGAAUCGUAGAUGCUCCUUUGAAUUGAAAUUUUCAUGAGUCGAGUAAAGUGAGUGACUAGUCUAGUCGUAACCCAAAAACGACAUCUCACCGGAAACCAACUGCCAGCCGUUUGAAACAAUUGAAAUUCCGAUUUAGCCCCUGGUGAAGCCCCAAUUUUACAACACUAAACCCUAGCCUACCACCCCAUUUCUAACAAAACGCCAGGGACACAAUCUGGGAAAGGGAAAAAUAUCACUACAGGGACCCCAAAACGACGACGUCGAUGAGCAGCGGUAGCAGGCUCAGAUCCCCUGCGGCAAUGCACCACCGUAGCAACCCUACGCCUUCUUCCUCUUCUUCUCUUCCCUUGGUCGUAACCCUCAAUUGCAUCGAAGACUGUGCCUUGGAGCAUGAGUCAUUGGCCGGCGUCGCUGCCGUCGAGCACGUCCCUCUCAGUCGCCUUGCCGACGGUAAGAUCGAGUCUGCUGCUGCCGUCCUCCUCCACUCCCUUGCUUACCUACCACGGGCCGCCCAGCGACGCCUCCGUCCUUAUCAGGUGAUCUUAUGCCUCGGCUCCGCCGAUCGCUCCGUCGAUUCUGCCCUUGCCUCUGACCUCGGACUCCGGCUCGUCCAUGUCGACACUUCCCGUGCCGAGGAGAUUGCUGAUACUGUCAUGGCGCUCGCACUUGGCUUGCUGCGCCGGACGCACCUUCUAUCGCGCCACACUCUCUCGGCUUCAGGAUGGCUCGGUUCGGUCCAGCCACUCUGCCGUGGGAUGAGGCGAUGUCGUGGCCUCGUUUUGGGGAUCGUUGGUAGAUCUGCGUCGGCUCGAUCUCUGGCUACUAGGAGUUUGGCUUUCAAGAUGAGUGUGCUCUAUUUCGAUGCUCCAGAGGGGACUGAAAGCGUCAGGAGGUCUAAAAUAAACUUUCCUUCUGCGGCCAGAAGAAUGGAUACUCUUAAUGAUUUACUUGCUGCAAGUGACCUUGUUUCUCUUCACUGUGCUUUGACAAAUGAAACGAUUCAGAUUAUUAAUGCCGAAUGCUUGCAACACAUAAAGCCUGGGGCAUUUCUUGUAAACACUGGUAGUAGUCAGUUGUUAGAUGAUUGUGCUGUCAAGCAGCUUUUAAUUGAUGGAACCCUUGCUGGUUGUGCUCUGGAUGGUGCUGAAGGGCCUCAGUGGAUGGAAGCAUGGGUAAAGGAAAUGCCCAAUGUUUUGAUACUUCCUCGAAGUGCAGAUUACAGUGAAGAAGUCUGGAUGGAGAUAAGGGAUAAAGCUAUCUCCAUAUUGCAGACAUUCUUCUUCCAGGGGAUUGUUCCAAAAAAUGCCAUUUCGGAUGAAGAGGAAGAGGAAACAAGUGAAAUCACUGAAAAUGAAGCAUAUGAUAAGAAAGAUGGAAGUCUAUUACAAGACUCACUUGUUGAGCAGUUAACUAAUGUCAUUCAAGUAACUCCAGAAAGCUCCCACAACAAAGUUGCUAAAGAGCCAAAAGAGACAAUGCAGGCCCAGGGUUCAGGACUGUCUCAAAAUACUGCCUCUCGAUCUGAUGGUAGGCGCAGUAGGUCUGGGAAGAAAGCCAAAAAGAGGCACACACGCCAAAAGUCCUGGCAAAAAUUAGAGGAUCCUUCUGCCCCAGAAAAGGAGAGUACCUCACAUCGAGAUGAUGAUACUGCUAUGAGUGGAACAGAUCAAGCUCUGAGUUCUAGUUCUAGGUUUGCAUCUCCUGCGGACUCUAGAAAUAGGAAAACUACAGUGGAAUCAAUUCAAGAAUCACCUUCCAGCCAGCUUGCAAAAUCAAUCAAGAGGCUUAGUGGAAAACCAGCUGAGCUUUUGAAAGAUGGGUAUGUUGUAGCCCUAUAUGCAAGAGAUCGUCCUGCUCUUCAUGUAUCCAGACAAAGAGCUAAAGGUGGCGGUUGGUUCUUAGAUACAAUGUCUGGUGUAACAAAAAGGGAUCCUGCAGCGCAGUUUCUUGUUGCUUCAAGAAGCAAGGAUACAAUUGGGCUACGAUCAUUUGCCGCUGGUGGAAAAUUAUUGCAGAUUAAUAGAAGAAUGGAAUUUGUGUUUGCAAGUCACAGCUUUGAUGUUUGGGAAAGUUGGAUGUUAGAAGGUUCUUUGGAGGAGUGCAAACUGGUUAACUGUAGAAAUCCACUGGCUGUUUUGGAUGUCAGCAUAGAGAUUCUGGCAGCAGUCGGUGAUGACGAUGGAGUCACUCGCUGGCUCGAUUAGAUUCAAAAGGUGAGAGAAGCCUGACAUUUUUGUUUAACCUUUUUACAUGUGGUUUGUAUUAGUUCAAGACAGCUUGAAAGUUUUAACUUGUAAAUCAUUCCUUUGUUUUGAUUUUCUCUUUUUCAUUUCCUAUCUUAUAAUUUUUAUCUUCAUCAGUUCUGUAAGACAAUAUUAUUUUCCUGGUGGGUUAUUUGGCCUCCUGAUGAAGUGAAUGUACUCGUAUUAUUAUACAACA